AUGAUUCCUGUUAGAUUUGGUGCUUCAAUGGCCCCCUUUCGUGCACUUGUUCUUUUUGUAGCCGUGAUAUUAUUGUAUGGUGUUUAUCAACGGGUACGUUCGCGUCGUGAAGCACAGUCUCAACGUCGUGUUCCGCGCAGAGUUGGUGGAGUGCGCCGGCAGCCUGUUGUUCGAUUUGAUCGAACUCUUUUUAGACGACUUAUGGGGCUUCUCCAUAUCUGUUUCCCCCAUGUAUAUUCCAUGGAAUCAGGCCUAACACUUGUGUUGGCGAUCCUCCUUAUGUUGCGCACUAAGCUAACACUGAAAUUUGCCAAAUUGAUGGGAAUGAAUAGCAAAUCACUUGUGCAAAAGGAUGUCAAACAGUUUGUUUUUGGUGUGAUGGAUGUUGUUGCAUACGCUAUUCCCUCCACUGUCACUUCUGUUGGUAUCACAUACAUAACUUCUACACUGGAGCGGCGCUUUCGUGAAAGAUUACAAAAUGAUUUGCAUAGGGACUAUUUUAAAGGACAUAAGGUGUAUGAUGUGGUAAUGAACGGAUCUGUAGAUAACCCAGGACACCGCUUAACAAAUGAUGUUCAACGUUUCUGUAGCGAGUUAGCAGGAGUUCUUUCUGCUGUAGUGAAACCGUUAAUCGAUAUUGUCGUCUUCUCAUCUGCUCUGGCAAAAUGUGGUGGACGUUCUUCUACAACUUUGAUGUUUUCAUAUUAUAUAUUUGUUGCUUUCCUAUUUCGAUGGUUAAUGCCAAAAUUUGCAGAUAUGGUGGCAAAAAGUCGAGAAAAAGAAGGUAAUUUACGUAUGAUGCACACACAAUUAAUUCAACAUGCAGAGGAAGUAGCAUUUUAUCGUGGUGCAGAGGUAGAAAGGGGAAAUGCUAAUAGGAUGUUGAACUCUUUUGUCCAUUUGGAGCGACGUAUAAAACGGGCAAAGUGGUUCUCUUCUUUAUUAAUUUCGAUACUGGUUAAAUAUGGAGCAACUUGUGUUGGCUAUACUGUUUGUUCGUUAGUGGUUUAUCGAGAAAGGAAUAAUCUUGAUGCAGCAGCACUAACAGAAUUAAAUGUUCGAAGUACGCAACUCUAUAUUCCUUUAUCUAUAGCAGUGGGAAAAUUACUUUCGUUACACAUGAAGGUUAGCGCAUUGUGUGGUAGUGCUCACCGUGUUGGUGAAUUACGGGAUGCUCUUGCUGCUUUUGAUAGACUUUCACUAGAUACUAAUAGUAAUGCAGUUGAAGUAACCGACAGUAAUGAAAUUGUGUUUAAAGAUGCAGCUAUUGUUUCUCCUGCUGAUCAAAUUAUUGUUACCAAUUUUACCACAACAUUUAAACCUGGAAAUCACGUACUAUUACUAGGAAGUAAUGGCUCUGGAAAAACGGCACUUUUCCGUGUACUUUCUGGACUAUGGCCACUGCGGGGAGGAUCAUUGCAGCAUCCUACAGAUGCAAACAUGUUCUUUGUAACACAACGGGUGUACCUCCCACCUGGUAACCUUCGCACACAGUUGAUGUACCCUGCAUUGGAGAAGCAAGAAGAUCCACAGACUCGUGAGUUAUUAGAUAAGAAACUCUUGGAUCUCGCAGAGAAAGUGGGUCUUUUGUCUGUGGUAGAGCGUGAAGGUGGGUUGGAUGCAGAAAAGGAGUGGAGUGAAGUUCUUUCUGGUGGAGAACGGCAACGAGUGGCUCUUGUGCGGGCCAUGUACCAUCAGGCCAUGUUUCUCUUUCUGGAUGAAUGUACCAGUGCCAUAUCGCAAGAUGUAGAGUUGUCAUUGUAUAAGAUGUUACAGCGACGGGGCAUGACAUUGAUAACCGUUUCACACCGUGAGGCGUUGAAAUCUUUACAUCACUCUAUAGUGAAUAUGGACGGAAUGGGAGGUUACAGCACUUAUUCGAUAGAGAAUUCACCAUAA